AUGGCCUCUUUUGUACCCACCAAUCCAAAGCCAUUCCUGAAUGAAUUGACCGGCAAACCCGUCAUUGUCAAGCUCAAAUGGGGCGGCGAGUACAAAGGCUAUCUCAUGUCGGUGGAUGGUUAUAUGAACCUUCAGCUUGCAAACACCGAGGAGUUCCAAGAAGGUGUCUCUGUGGGUACCUUGGGUGAAGUGUUGAUCAGAUGUAACAAUGUUCUUUACAUUCGUGCAGCCGAUGAGGAUACGGAAAUGCAGCAGCAAUAG